GGAGCUUCCUGGAGCCCAGGCUUGAGGAACACAGGCGGCUGGGGAGUGUUCUGUGCCCGCGGUGGAGCGCACUGAAGAGACCCAGAGCCAGAGCGCGCGGCUGUCACUGGAGAAGGCAUCCUCCCAAAGUGGGUUCCUUUAGUUCCAGAACAGCCUCAGACACCUCAUCUUCGUCAUGAACACCUCCCCUGUCCUGCCCUGGCCAUUGCCAGGUGCCACACACAGUAUGAACAAGAGCAAACUCAGGGGCAUCCCUACCAACUUCACUGACCAUUGCAAGGACUCUGUGGACCUGACGGCCUUCAUUAUCACCUCAUAUGGCCUUGAGACUGUCCUGGGGGUCCUGGGGAACCUGUGCCUCAUCUGCAUGAUGCUGCGGCAGAAGGAGAAGACCAACGUGACCAGCCUGCUCAUUGCCAACCUGGCCUUCUCUGACUUCCUCAUGUGCCUCCUCUGCCAGCCACUCACCGUCAUCUACACCAUCAUGGACUACUGGGUCUUUGGUGAGGCCCUUUGCAAGCUGUCGGCUUUUAUCCAGUGUACAUCAGUCACCGUCUCCAUCCUCUCCCUCGUCCUGGUGGCCCUGGAGAGGCAUCAGCUCAUCAUCCACCCCACAGGCUGGAAGCCCAGCGUCCCCCAGGCCUACAUGGGGAUUGUGGUCAUCUGGGUCAUUGCCACCUUGCUGUCUCUGCCCUUCCUGGCCAACAGCGUCCUUGAGAAUGUCUUGAAGAAGAACCACUCCAAGGCACUGGAGUUUCUGGCUGACAAGCUGGUGUGCACCGAAUCCUGGCCACUGGACCAGCACCGAGUCAUCUAUACCUCUUUCUUGCUGCUUUUCCAGUACUGCCUCCCACUCGUCUUCGUCCUGGUCUGCUAUGUGCGCAUCUACCUGCGCUUGCGGAGGCAGAGGCAUGCCUUCCGCAAGGGUGCCUACAGCUGGCGCGGCGGGCAGAUGAAGCGGAUCCAUGGGGUGCUCGUGGCCAUGGUGGCCGCCUUUGCCGUGCUCUGGCUGCCCUUGCAUGUGUUCAACAGCCUGGAGGACUGGUACCACGAGGCCAUCCCCGUAUGCCAUGGCAACCUCAUCUUCCUGGUGUGUCACCUGCUGGCCAUGGCCUCCACCUGUGUCAAUCCUUUCAUCUAUGGCUUUCUCAACACCAACUUCAAGAAGGAGGUCAAGGCCCUGGUGCUCACCUGCCAGCAGAGUGCUCCCCUGGAGGAGUCUGAGCACUUGCCUCUGUCCACAGUGCACACGGAGGUCUCCAAAGGGUCUCUGAGGCUAAGUGACAGGUCCAACCCCAUUUAGCCAUGACAUUUGCUGGGCAUUUCUUAGCUUGAGCUAAGUGGGCAGGCUGCUAGCUGAAGGUGGGACCACAAGAGGUCUGGCUUUCUGAGGGUCCAGAGAGGCUGAUAAGAGCCUGGGUGGGUAUCCAGCUUCCUGUGAAGUCUGCUUUUCAUAUGGUCCAGCUGCCUGUUACUGGGAGAAAGCUGAGUCCAGAUGCCAGGUCACAGUGUGCCUGCAGCUCGAGCUAUGAGAUGCCAGAGCCGGAAAUGUCUGCUUAUGCUGGGCUGAGUUUGUCUUGGUAACUCAGCAACAGAUACCUGGCCUGCGAGCCCAGGGAUGUCACCCUACCAGAGAACUCAUGAGGCCACUGUGGGGAUGUGGGAAGGAGUGCUCAGAAGCAGGGCUGAGGGUUUGCUCACUUCCUGACCUCUCUGGGAGAUGAUGUCAUUGCGUGUGCAGUGCAGUUGCAAGGCAGUGGCAUUUGUGCUGCCAGAUAAGAAGACAGCCCCUGCUGGUCUCAGGCUUUGAGUUACACUGCAGCAGCGAUGCCAGAAUUCACGUUCCCCUUCAUCUUUUUGUGUUACUGUUUUCUCAAUCACUGAGUUUACCACUGGAAAUAAACCCUCUUCUGCAUGAAGACUGUGACACCCUGAGGGUGGCAUCUGUAUAUCAUCUUAGAGCUUGGGCUCUCCAUGCUUAGGACAGGCCCUGGCACAGAGAAGGGACUGCAGGAAGGUGUUUCCAUGGUGGGCUGCGCGUCAAGAUGGCAGUCCUUGUUCAUCAAGAGCAGGUGCCUGUGCUAUGGCCCAGCAGGGCAAGGGCUUGGGGCCCAGGCUGCUGCACCUGCAGCCUCUCCCCUGUGCUUCCUGCCUCGCUGACUGUGCCUGGGCACAGCAGCUGGGCAUGGUUCUCCCCAGGCUGGUACAACAGCAUCCUUCAGCCAUGCUCCAAUCACUGAGCCAACUAGCCCCAGCAACUAUGCCACAGUCCCCUUCAGAGCUACCCCAGGACCCUGGGCAUCCCAGAGGCCUUCGCUGCUAGGCCAUAGCUGACAAGGGCUGGGGGAGGGAAUGUGGAGAGAGGGCUGUAGUGAGUGUAAAUGCCUUACCUGAGGGGUGUCUACCCUGCAUGCUGAACAAGAAUCAGGCCCAAGGUUACUUCCCUGUGGAGCCAGAAAGUUUGUCUUUGCAGGGGAGGCAAUGUCAAGUUCACUGCAGCCCCAGGGGAGUGGAAAGUAGCAGGACCCACCAGGGUCCCCCAGGGAAGAGUAUGCAGUGCCGGAGCCCAGUACUGGCUCUGCAUAGGGGAUCUGGCCCAGGGGAUACAGCAACAGGGGAGUACAGGUCUGACCCCCAAACAGGAACCUGCAUGGCUGCUAACGAAGGGGCUUGGUGUUAGGAACUGGGACCGUGGGCAAUGUCUCCUGGGUUCCCCUUACCUUGCAGUGUAGGUUGACACCACUCUCUUGGAUGGCUGGCUGUGCUGUGACAAUUCGGUUGCUCAGUUACCCAGCACCCUAGAAAUGUGCCACAUGAGGUAUGGUCAGAGGAGCAGCAGCUUCGCCAUUGCCCAGAGCCUGUUUAGGUCCACAGGGUCUUGGCUGUCACCCAGGCCACCAAGCGGAACCUGCAUUGUAUCAAACUCCUGGGUUCAUUGCACAUGUGUUCAAGUUGAG